AUGAAAUUCGGUGACACCAAUCCAGAACCAUCCCACUCCCCAGUUGAUCCUACUUCAAAGGAGGAACCUACUGACAGACAUCCAAACAACCCAGAAGACAGAAACCCAGAACCCAGUGAUCAAGAAGACGAAGAAGACAUGUCGGACAACAACAGCGGAGCAGUAAACAAACCCACCCAAUUCGAAGGAGACAAGGGAAAGAGCAAGGAAUUCUUGGACGAAUUAUACCUAUACUUUGAAGGUAACUCCAAGAAGAUUCAGAUCGAUAAGGAUAAGGUUCAAUGCGCCCUUUCGUACAUCAAGGGACCUGCCCAAUUCUUUGUUCAUACAAUCAUCAACGAUGCACAAGAACCCAUCUCUGACUCUGAAGAUGUGCCACUUAAAGGAUUACCUAGCUGGGUUAGCUUCAGGAAGUCCUUUAUCCAGACCUUUGGAGUAGAGGACAACACCCAGGCAGCAUUAAAUGAGAUCAGCAAGUGCACCUGGGAUAGGUGUGGAGGAAAUGGUCUUUGA